AGUUCGGGCGCUACCGCUCAAUGUGUGUUUGGCGCUCGACACGACCGGACGGACGGAAAACUCGCUGCCACCGCGCCUGCUGGCUGCUGGAAGAAAAAGGGAGUGUGUGUAUCUGUGUGAUCGCGUGUGCGUGCGUGCGUGCGUGUGUGAAAAGCUGCUCCCCGAAACGGGUGCUCCCGGUCGGUAGAAUCGGAGUGUCGGAUGUGUGCGAUUGUGCGCCCCCACGCGUGUGUACACAUCGUUGUGCGCGGCUCGUGGAGGAAUUAAUUACGGUGCAGUGAAAAUUGAUCUGCAAUUGGCAGCAAUUGGUGAAAAUAAUACCCAACACACACACAUAGUUACACACGCAGACACAUACGCCCCGCACAGCCAGGGAAGGGGGUUUGUCCGAAUUUUCCGCAACCAUACACACACACACACGCACACACCAGAAGGCCAUGUUGGUUUUUUCACCAGCGCGAUAUUGAUUGGGGCGGACGAGGUCGACGAGCAUUGGGCAGUAGUGCGAAGAAGAAGAAAAAAGGCAAAGAAGAAGAGCAGAACGGGAAAACAUCCCCCCCUCUGUCUGGGCCGUGGUGUAAUUGAGAUGAUAUCGAGUCCGUGAAAUAGCCUGAACGGCAAUCAAACAGGGGCAGCAAGAAGAAGAAGAAGAAGAAGAAGCAAACAAAAGGGAAGGAAAACGAAGAAGAAAGAUCGUUGUUUAAUUUAACCACUCUCGUGUGUUGGUAGUGGCGCCCGUCGCAAAUUGUGGGUGUGCUAGUGGGCAUUGAGUGACCAUAGAGCGACCAGUGGUGGUGGCAGUGGUGGUGGUGGAUUCGUUUGGUGGUGAAAAUAAAUCAUCCCCUGUGUGUGUGUGUGUGUGCGCGUUCGAAGUGUGUUCGAUUGGUGGUGCCCCCGUCUGUAACGUCCGGGUUUCCUGCUCCCCCGUGCGCUCUCCCAGCCUCCCAUGCACGGAGCGUAGCGUGGGUUACCAUGAGGAACGCGGCGAAAGAUACGGUCGCAUCGCAGCAGCCCGCCGCGUUCACCGAUAAGGUCAAUUAUGGUGGCGGCGUGAUUGAGUCGAUAAAUCUCAAGAACGACCGGAACGGUGCACCGACGGCACACCAGCACCGGAACAGCCUGCAGCAGCACCAGCAGCAGCAACUACAGAAGCGACCGUCGGUCGUGAAGGGUGGCCCAGGCGGAGGCAGAGGAACGGCACGCCACGUAUCGACGUCCAGCGAGGCCACCGACACGUCCGGGAGCAGCUGCAGCGAUGGGGACACGACGUCCUCGUCCUACGACGAGCCGAACCUGCCCUACCCGGGCUUCACCGAGUACUCGCUCAAGUACCUCACACAGGACUCGAAGCCGCGCAUCUGGUGCCUGCAGCUCAUCACUAAUCCGUGGUUUGAGCGAAUUUCGAUGUUAGUCAUUCUGCUGAACUGCGUCACCCUUGGCAUGUAUCAGCCGUGCGUGGAUGAUGCGUGCGUUACGAAUCGCUGCAAAAUUUUGCAGAUCUUUGAUGACAUCAUCUUUGCCUUCUUCUCGCUCGAGAUGACAAUCAAGAUCGUGGCGAUGGGGGCCUGGGGCAAGGGCACCUACCUGGCCGACUCCUGGAACCGGCUCGACUUCUUCAUCGUGCUGGCCGGUGCGCUCGAGUACUGUCUGCAGGUGGAAAACCUUAACCUAACCGCCAUCCGGACGAUCCGUGUACUGCGCCCGCUGCGUGCCAUCAACCGCAUACCGAGCAUGCGAAUCCUCGUGAUGUUGCUGCUGGACACGCUGCCCAUGCUCGGCAAUGUGCUGCUGCUGUGCUUCUUCGUGUUCUUCAUCUUCGGCAUCGUCGGGGUGCAGCUGUGGGAAGGCAUCCUGCGCCAGCGGUGCGUCAUCAAGCUACCGGACAACGUGUCCCCACCGUCCUACCUCACGUCGUCCCCGCGUAACAUUUACUACCGAAUUGUUAACCAGAAAAAAAUCAAAACAGAUGUCUCCUUUUACUACGAGUUCUCCAAGGAGCAGGACUACAUCUGCUCCAAGCCGGAAGACUCCGGGAUGCAUCUGUGCCAGAAUCUGCCCCCGUAUCGAAUAGGACCGCUCCUGUGCAAUGACAGUGCACUGCCCUACUCGGAGAAUGAACCAACGGCUACGGCCUGUGUGAACUGGAACCAGUACUACACGAACUGUACGCAGCUGGGCAACAAUCCCUUCCAGGGCACGAUAUCAUUCGACAACAUAGGGCUAGCCUGGGUGGCAAUAUUUCUUGUCAUAUCGCUCGAAGGUUGGACGGAUAUAAUGUACUACGUGCAGGACGCACACAGCUUCUGGGAUUGGAUCUACUUUGUGCUGCUGAUAGUGAUCGGUUCCUUCUUCAUGAUCAACCUCUGCCUGGUCGUCAUCGCAACGCAGUUCUCCGAGACGAAGAAGCGCGAGAUGGAACGGAUGAGACAGGAGCGGGCCCGCUUCACAUCCUCGUCGACGCUCGCUUCCAGCACCAACAACUCCGAGCCGACGACCUGCUACGCCGAGAUCGUCAAGUACAUCGGGCACCUUUACCGACGUUUCAAGCGCCGCCUCAUUAAGAAGUUACGAUUGUAUAAAUACCACAUGCAGAAGCGCAAGGAAGGUCUUAUACCGUGCACGCCCGAAACCAUCACACUGUCGCCGAACAAAAUCAAAGCCCAUCACCCGAAAUGUCCACGGAUGGGUGCGCUGCUACAGCAGCAGCACGCCUCGAUCACUAACCUGCAGCAGCAGAAGAACAAACACGACCUGCAGUCCAGCCUGUCCAUCAAUCGGACGGGUGUCACGCUGAACCAUCCCGAGCCGGGAACCAUCGUACCAUCGGCGGACAAUCAGGUUUCAUCGCCCGAGGUUUCGGAGAUUGUCUCGCUGGAGAACAUUAAAAACAAUGCACUGAACAACUCUACCACGUAUCUGAACGAGGACCGACAGAAAGUGCUACUGCUGAAGAUCAACAAUGAGGAUCAAUCGAACGGACAAGAUCACCACUGUAUGCCAAGCUUGCUGAGUCCUCCGUCAGCAGGUAGACGAAGAUCGUCCGUUAUGUUUAACGAAUAUGUAGUGCUUCAUACGCCUCCAACCAUUACAGAACCACCGCAAGAUAAGAAUGUGUACUGUUUGGAGAAAAUGACCCAAGCAGGUGACGGUAGUAUCUGGCAGGUCAACUUGCCGCACUCACUGCAGACAGUGAGUACCGUGUUCAACGAGUACUCCGACCUCUGCCUGUCUGACGCGAUGACCUGCCAGGAGCUGUUAGCGUUCUCGGUGGCCUUCUCGGCCGCCCUGCCCACCGGUCAAACCACGCUUGAAUCGUUCUACACCUCGCUGAAGCGUGCGAAGGGUGCCGAACCGGCACGGCAAACGAACGCCACACUGCCCCUGCCGGAAAUUGAACGCCUCAGUAGCAAAUCCAGCAACGAGCCGUCGCGCACCAGCUUCGACCCGGUGUCGGCCGGCAUCAACAACAUCAACAUGGAGGAGUUUGCCUGCUGCUACGAGUACUACCAAAACCAGGGCCUGGCGGAGGAGAAGCGACCGCAGCGCUCCAAGUGCGCGCGGGCGCUCCUCGCGGUGUGGCGGUGCUUCCGCCGCACCUGCCACUUGACGCGCGUGCUCGUGAAGAAGCUGGUCGAUCACAAGUACUUCCAGCAGGGCAUACUGCUGGCGAUCCUCAUCAACACGCUCUCGAUGGGCAUCGAGUACCAUGAUCAACCGGCCGAGCUGACGGCUAUCGUCGAGACGAGUAACAUCGUCUUCUCGGCCAUCUUUGCGGUGGAGAUGAUCCUGAAGGUGAUUGCCGAGGGCCCGUUCCGGUACGUGGCGAACGGGUUCAACGUGUUCGAUGGUGUGAUCGUCAUACUGAGUGUGGUGGAGCUAGGGCAAUCCUAUCUGGGUGAGGGCCAGGGCAGCUCGGGUCUGAGCGUGUUGCGCACAUUUCGGCUGCUGCGCAUACUGAAGCUCGUGCGCUUUAUGCCCAAUCUGCGCCGGCAGCUGUUUGUCAUGCUGCGCACCAUGGACAACGUGGCUAUCUUUUUCAGCCUGCUGAUACUCUUCAUAUUCAUAUUCAGCAUUCUUGGCAUGUACCUUUUUGGAGGUAAGUUCUGUAAGUUUGUCGAAGAAAGCGGGAAAGAAAGGGAAUGUACUUGUCCAGAAAUUGUCUCCAAGCAUCCGCAAUGUGAAUGCGACCGUAAACAUUUCAACAAUAUCCUCUGGGCCACUGUUACCGUCUUUCAAAUUCUCACGCAGGAAGACUGGAACGUGGUGCUGUUCAAUGGCAUGGAAAAGACUAGCCACUGGGCUGCACUGUACUUUGUCACACUGAUGACGUUUGGCAACUAUGUGCUGUUCAAUCUGCUGGUCGCCAUUCUGGUGGAAGGCUUCAGCUCGGAGCGUAACGAGCGACGGGAGCGUGAGCAGCGCGAGCUGGUGAAGGCCAAGCUGAAUGCGGAAGCCCUGGCCCAGGAGCAGAGCAUGGAGGUGUACGAUGAUCAGCGCAGCUUUUCCGAAUCGUCCACCACCGACAGCUACAACGGAUCGCGUGGCAAGUGGUACAGCGUGGAGGAACUAACCAAGGUGCGGAAUUUGGACAUCAAAUGCAACAUUCAGAAGCAGCGGCUGCUUCAACCCAACUACGAGGAUCCGAAGAACGUGGCCCAGAAGAACAAGCGGGAAAAGGAUGUGUCCAAGCCGGAACCGACUGCGACCAAAAAACUUAGAGGGAAAAAGGCGGAAUCUUUAAAGCUAUACAACAUCCAGGUGCAGGAUCCGCCGAUCAUUACCACCACUGCAGCGACGCCCCAAGAUUCGCCAAGCGGUACGAUGGAGUCGGGCACGAGCUUCAAGGACUGGGAUCAGGCGGACUUUGAAAAGUACGAGCGGGAGAAUUCUUCCCUGCUGAAGCCACCCUCCAUACUUGGCUCGCUCAAAACGCUGGACGAUCGUUCAUUUUUUGAGGGUACACCUGUGCUGAACGAAAUGCGUAAGAAGCACGACAAAAAUCACACCACCUCGUCCGACAGCCGGCUGUCGGUGGUGGACAAGCAGCAGAAGAAGCAGCAGGAAAAGUCUCUCACCGAGUCGGCGAGCGCACCGAAAGCCGUUGGUAAGGACGAAACCGCUAACGGUGGACUCCAUCGGCAAGCGUCCACGGAGGAGGGAGUACUAAACAAUGGGAAGAUCUUAUCCCAGCCGAAGGGAUUCGGUGCUACUGAUCGCCGUACGCUUGAUCCCCUGUUGGAAAAAAGCAACCGCAUUCAGAAUGAUACGCAGGGCUCGAGGACCCCGAAUCGCAGGCGCAGCUCGGUACGGCGAUCGUCCUCGGUGAAGGUUGACAGUGGUGCCAGCAGCAUCGCUAGCAAUCUCAGCCUAACGUCCCAUCCGCGCUGCUACUACAACAACGGCAGCACCAAGUAUUACUUCGAUCGCAAAAACUCUCUGCGACUGUGUGACAUUCGGACACCGAACAACCGGCGCCGUAUGUCAUCGUUUGAGCAGGCAUACCACAAACAGUCACCGAUGAGCAGCAUCCGAAACUUGGAAAUCAAACAGCUGCAGGACGAAAUGGAUAAGGGCAAGCUAGACAAGUCGUCGAACGCGUUCAAGAUCGCAGGCAACAGCACCGAUCUAACUGGCAAGGCAACGCGCAACGAUGGAACGCCCAAGAAGAAGGGCAAGGGACGGUUGAAGCAGUUUUUCCGCAUGGUAACACCGUAUCAUUUCGUGGAGGAUCAUGAAACGUACACGCUGUACCUGUUUCCCGAGCACAACCGAUUUCGACAGAUUUGUUCCUGGUUCGUCAACCAGAAAUGGUUCGAUAACGUCAUCCUGCUGUUUAUCGCACUCAACUGCAUCACGCUGGCCAUGGAACGGCCCAACAUUCCACCGAACUGUACCGAGCGAUACUUUCUCGCCACUGCCAACUAUGUUUUCACUGGCGUUUUUGCGGUGGAAAUGUUUAUUAAGGUCGUUUCGGCUGGAUUGUUCUAUGGACCGGAUGCGUACUUCACCUCGGGAUGGAACAUCAUGGACGGUUCGCUGGUCACUAUCUCCAUUGUGGAUCUGCUGAUGUCGCUGAUAAGCGAAUCGAGUCCCAGGAUCUUUGGAAUCUUGCGAGUGUUCAGGUUGCUGCGAUCGCUACGCCCGCUAAGAGUGAUCAACCGAGCGCCCGGCCUGAAGUUGGUUGUCCAGACGCUGCUGUCUUCGCUGCGCCCGAUCGGUAACAUCGUACUGAUCUGCUGCACCUUUUUCAUCAUCUUUGGCAUAUUGGGUGUGCAGCUAUUCAAGGGCACUUUCUACUACUGCGAAGGGGAAAACAUCAAGGGAGUGAAAAACAAGCAGGACUGUCUGGCGAUCGAGGGAAACGUUUGGAUCAACCGGAAGUACAACUUUGACGAUCUCGGCAAAGCGCUCAUGUCGCUGUUCGUGCUGUCGUCACGCGACGGUUGGGUUAACAUCAUGUACACCGGGCUCGAUGCCGUUGGCGUGGAUCAACAGCCAAUCGUCAACUACAACGAGUGGCGCCUGCUGUACUUCAUUGCCUUCAUACUGCUCGUGGGAUUCUUUGUGCUGAACAUGUUCGUUGGAGUGGUCGUCGAGAACUUCCACCGUUGCCGGGAGGAGCAGGAAAAGGAGGAAAAAAUACGCCGUGCUGCCAAACGAGCGCUGCAGAUGGAGAAAAAGCGAAAAAGUAUAGCAUAUUGCGCAGCGUCCCAUGUAGUGUGGAAGGGUUCUGGUCAUCAUUUAAAACGUACACACAUGUCUCUUCCACUCUCUACAGGAAUGCACGAGCCGCCGUACUAUACCAACUAUUCGCCGAUGAGACUGUUUGUGCACAACGUGGUCACCUCGAAGUACUUCGAUCUGGCGAUUGCCGCCGUGAUAGGGCUGAACGUGGUCACGAUGGCCAUGGAAUACUACAUGAUGCCGCUGGCAUUGGAGUAUGCGCUGAAGAUUUUUAACUAUUUCUUCACUGCCGUCUUUAUACUCGAGGCGGCAAUGAAGCUGCUCGCGCUAGGCGUGAAGAUAUACAUGAAAGAUCGCUGGAACCAGCUGGACGUCGCGAUCGUGAUACUGUCGAUCGUGGGCAUUGUGCUGGAGGAACUGGAAACGAACAUUAUACCGAUCAAUCCGACCAUCAUACGUGUAAUGCGCGUCCUGCGGAUCGCCCGCGUACUAAAGCUGCUGAAGAUGGCCAAGGGUAUCCGUGCUCUCCUGGACACCGUAAUGCAGGCGUUGCCACAGGUCGGUAACCUGGGCCUGCUGUUUUUCCUACUAUUCUUUAUCUUUGCCGCACUCGGUGUGGAGCUGUUCGGGCGGCUCGAAUGCUCCGACGAGGUGCCGUGCCAGGGUUUGGGAGAGCAUGCACACUUUGCCAACUUCGGUAUGGCCUUCUUGACGCUGUUCCGUGUGGCCACCGGUGACAACUGGAACGGCAUCAUGAAGGACACGCUGCGGGACGACUGCGACGACGCGGCCGAUUGCGUGAAGAAUUGCUGCGUGAGCACGAUCAUAGCGCCGAUCUUCUUCGUCAUCUUCGUGCUGAUGGCACAGUUCGUAUUGGUGAAUGUGGUUGUGGCCGUGCUGAUGAAGCAUCUGGAAGAAAGCCACAAGCAGAUGGAAGAUGAUUUGGAUAUUGAAACGGAGCUGGAACGCGAAUUCGAAAGAGAGCAAGAGUUUGAGGAGGAACAAGCGCUUUGCAUGCAGCUGAACGAUGAUAACAACCAAGUUCAAAAACGCCCACUAACCAAAGUUUCUUCCUUGCCUUCGAAUUUCACGUACAGUACUCCGAUCUUGGAGAAGAAGAGCAAUAUUCAACGUCGUCAGACCAUACAGUAUUUCAACCAGAAUCUAGGCCUCUCGGUUUUCAACUCAUACACCAAUAACAAUUCCUAUGACGAAACGGCGGAGAACAAUAUCAACGCCGAGGGCGAAGAGUUAGACCCGGGUGGUGGCGUCCCGGGCGCCCGGGACGAGUGCGAGGAGAAGAAGAUGAAGAAGAUUGGCGAGGGGGUCGGCGGCCUGGUGGCAGCCGACGGUGGGAAGGGCGUUGGCUCCGACGGUCUCAACUCGGCCAAGGAGUACAAUGUCAACUCGAAAAACGUUAACAAGAAGAUCCUGAUCAACAAGACGAACCUUUUCAGCAAGUCUUGCGAUGGUCGGCCCUCGGGCGGGGACGGUAAGCGGGGCAAGGGUGGUUUCAAGGAGGAAUGCCUAAACAUUUCAAUACCGGCGGUACCGCUGGUGAUCGGUGGCGCCGGCAAACCCGAGACCGGCCGGCCGGACGAUCCCCAUCACCGGGGCGCAUCGGCACCGGCCGGUCUCGCUGAUGGUUCGGAGGGCGACGUUCCGGUUGAAUCACAGUGCUCGACAAUCACCUCGUCUAGUAGAUCGCGGCAUCAAGCCGGUAGCAAGCUGGAAUCACGUCAAUUGAGCUUGGACUACGAACCGACCAGAACCCCGCGGCCGAACCCGGACGGUGACGGGGUGCCGCUCGCGACCGAUGGGUGCGUGCCGGUGGCGCCCGCGGGCCCAGGCCCUGCGUCCUCCGCUGUCGGGAACGGUGGCAGCAGCAACACAACGACCAGCGGCAGCACUGUUUCGAACAAAUCGUUUCUAUCGGUUCCGAAGCUGCAGCCCAAAAGCCGUUCCGGCAGCACCAAGCAGCUGUUCAAACAGUCCGCCCUGGACGAGGACGGGGAGACGAACGACGAGAGCUCCCUGCUGCUUCCGGUGGCCACCGUCGCCGACAGUGGCGGCCCCGGCAGCAACCAUUGCCACGGGGGCGGCGGCACCCUGCUCGCCAUACCGGGCGAGGGCGGCGGUUUCGGUGCGGAUACGGUCAAGAAUUCGGAAUCGUGCGAAAUCAUUCGCAUCAUCUCCGAGCGACGCAAAAUUUAAAAACACAAAAAAACCAACAGCACAAUGCAGAAACGGGCAUGGUAGUGCUGUGCGUUUACCCAUUUGUUUGUGCUCGCGCACAACCAUAACCCCAAGCAAUUAAGAUUACAUUCGUAGGUUUGUUAAAAAAAAAAAAAUAACGGUCAAACUGUUCAUUACAUCAAGUAUUAUUAGCUGGUCUUUAGAUAGUGAUUUUAUGCAAACAGUGCCAACUCCAACCAUCUUUAGAGCCGUACGCGAAGGUACGGCGGCGGAAGCGUAAAAGCAAUUCACCCCGGAUGAGGUUGCCCGGGGUAACGUGGACCGUGUUUCGACGUUUCGAAACGAAUCUGUCUCUCUUUCGGUUUCUAUUCUUCCUUUCGGUAGGAGAGGUUUGAGGCUACACACAUGUGGGCUAGCAGAACAGAUUCAGGAUAUUCAGUCGCUCCCAGUAUGCCGGCACAGCUAGGGCCUAAUUGACGCAUGCCGUCUCUCAUGGCUCUCUUCCUGUUUGCUCGGGCGGCGGGAAAGGAAACAAAGGAAAAACAUGGAUCAAAAAGGACAAUCUUAGAAGUAUCGCCUUUAUAGAAGUGAAUUUAGCAGGAAGCAGAACUAUGAAGUUUUGUAUUCAUAUUGAAAUUGAUGGUGUAUUAGGUCUAGCAAACAAAAAAAAAAACAACAAAAAAGGAGGGAUAAAACUAGCAAAUCCUCAAGCGUAACAACAAGUGUACUCUCGUUAUUAGAGAGCGGUACUUGUUGCGACGCAAUGCGUUGCGAUUUUGCCAAAAUGUAUGGGAUUUGACAGACGCAUGCGUUAACGACGCACGACGCAGCGUCAAAGUAGAAAAAUUUCUAUUUCGACGCACGUCGUGAUGCGUCUGUCAAACUAAUGUCAUCAUUUUUGGAGGGAGAUAAUGUUUUGAUUGGAAAAUUGAGUUGAAAGCCGUACAGGAUGGAUGAAGAAAAAUUAAUAACACUGGUAGAGCAAAAUAAGUGUUUGUGGGCCAGUAGCCAUAAAGAAUAUAAAAAUCAAUAUAUGAGACAACAAGCAUGGAAAUCCAUUGCGGCUGUAUUGAACUCGACUGGUAAGCAUGUUACAGAUCGUCAAAUCAACUGCGCAGUCAUGAACCUUAGAAUUAUUUACAUAAAAGUACAUCUUAAAUGGAAAUAGAACAAUACAUUAACUCAUAAAA